UUCCUUUAGUUGGACGUCCAUCACAGUAGCCUUCUCGCAGUUCUCUUUUUUUUCCUCUAUCGUUGUGUCAUACGCGUAUACGUCUAAUCUGGUGGAAGAGUGAAAAAGUUUCCCGUGGAAACGCCAUUAGUGGUGCAGAAAAUCGAGGAAAAAGUGGGCGCAGCUGGUUGCAAUCAUGACGAUUAAACCGCUCGUCAACCAGAAAACCUCCGGCGACGAUAGCCAGGAGGGCACAUCGCAGAAUUUGGCCAACAACGGGACGGCGGUCCGUGCCACACAUCGGAAUGUUGUCCUAAAUCAGCUGACGUCAGAAAGUCAGCCCCUCCCGCGGGAGAAACGGGUUCAUACUCCGCACAGCUUUGACAACGAAAGUGUCCGCCACCGUCGGAGCCCCCACAAAAACAUCGUUCGCCCGAAGCGUGAACACCACCACAAACGCGAGAACCGGGAGCGUGACAAGAACGCUUCGCCAAACUACCAGCUGGGCUCACCGUCGUCGGCCAGUGGCAAAAAGCAGCCCACGUCGUCCACAUGUACGAGUCCGUUGGCCAGCGCCAGCGCCGGAAGUCGCUCUCCAAAGAGUACCGUUACGUCGCCUGCUCCGGCCCUGCCCAGCAGCAGCAGCUCGGCCAGCAGCUGCAGCAAUCCGUGCAAGAGCAGCGUUCCGGUCGCUGCCGAUGAGGCUUCGCUGUCCGGGUACAACAGCGGUGACGAGCACGUCGGCCAAAAGGACGCCCAGUUGACGCCGGACGAGUGGAAAAAGCGGGACGAAUCGUUCGCCAAGAUUAUGUCCGAUCGCGGAUUCAUCAUCAAGGACAUGGAAGAGGACGGCGCCUGUCUGUUUCGGGCGAUUUCGCUUCAGAUCUACGGCGAUCAGGACAUGCACGAGAUUAUCCGGCAGCAAACGAUGGAUUACAUUUUUCAAAAUCGAGAAUACUUUGCGCAGUUUGUAACCGAGGACAUUGACAGUUACGUUGCCCGAAAGCGGGCCAAUCACGUUCACGGAAAUCAUAUUGAAAUUCAGGCAAUGUCCGAAAUGUACAACCGCUCGGUCGAAUUGUAUUGCUAUCAAUUGGAACCGAUCAACAUUUUCAACUCGGAUCAGAUCAACAACGGAAACGAGCCGUUGCGUUUGUCGUACCAGCGAUGUUCGCACUACAACGCAAUCAUGGAUCCGUACAAAGCGUCCGUCGGCGUCGGUUUGGGUCUAGCUGGUUAUAGACCCGACGAGGUGGACAUUAAGCAGGUUGCCGAAGCCGUCCGGAUGAGUGAGGAGUUGGAAAUUGAGCAAACAAUGUUUGAGGACAAGCUGAAGACCACCGACUGGGAGGCCACAAACGAGGCCAUCGAGGAGCAAAUUGCCAGAGAAUCGUACCUCCAGUGGUGUCGGGACAAUAUGCGCGAUAGUACGGGCAAGAACAGCAAAAGCACCAGCACGAUAACCUCCAGUGAUGCUGCCGGCGGCGGAGGUGGCUGUUGUAGCACCGCGGUCAGUCCGGAAAAAUCGCCCAAGCAGAGCCUGGAUGCGGCGACCUCGUACUCGGAGUCUUUGCUGCGUGAUUUCCGCAAAUCAGCUUCGCCAACGCCCUCAAACAAUACUUCGUUCAACGCCGGCAGCUGCUCGUCUAGUUCGAAAAACACUUCGUUCGAACUCGAUUGCUCCCCCCUUCCGGAAACGUCGUCCUGCUCCGUUCCGUACUACUUCAACAACAGCAACAGAAGAAAGAAAAGGAAUCUAAACUCACCUGUGGAAACCCCGGCCGUCGCCGACGUUCAACCAAAAAAGUCAAAACAGUCGCCGGCCCGCGAGGACGAAGGUGGAGCGGACAGCGGAGCUAGCACAUCCGGCACGGCCAAGAGUGAAACCCGAACAAAGGAAGAGCCCGUUUCGGAGUUUUACCAAUCCCUGCUCGAGUCCUCCUACACCGAUGAUGGUAGUUGGGCCCAGCUAAGCGAGCGGGAAAUGCUACAAAAGGCGCUGGCCGAAUCGGCGAUGGAUUUCGUGAAGCGGUGCGACCGAACCAAAGGCUCCUCAUCGCAGGACGACAAGUACGGCGGCACGACGGACGAGGAGUACGAUUCACCGUCGCCUUAGUGUGGGUUGAUCUUGAGCAAUAAUCGUAACAACAAACAAACAAGCAAACAAACACACACAUUGCAAGUAGAAGCAAAACACACGUGCAAGCACUACCCAAUAAAGAGAAAGAUAGUUUGGUGAACGAACGCAGCGCAAAACAACAACAACAAAAAUAUGCUAAUAUAAGGCUAAGAUUUAUCUCUCGUAAUUACUUCCCACUCUUAUUUGGUGGGCUUUGAAAUGGUUUGUUUAACUUUUUUUUCUUUCUAUUUCUUGUUUUGCCAAAUCUGAGCAAAUUUGCGAAUCUAAAAUUCUUUUUAGUUUAUUCACCAAGAAAUCACUUCCAAAUUGAUGAUAAAAUUUGCUGGAGUUUUUUUUAGCUAGGCUAAGUGAUUUAUUGAACCAUUAAUAAAAAUGUAUUAUAAAAUAAAAUGAAAACACAACACA